AUGAUUUGUGCCCACAAGUGCACGGUGUUGGAGGUUAAAGUGAUAGAAGGUCUUGGAGCAACCAUGGAUGUGGUAUUGGUUAAUGGUGUUCUUCAUGAAGGAGAUGAGACUGUUGUUUGUGGCUUUCAGCUCAUUAACCGAUAUUUUGCUGAUUUACAAGCACUUCUACUCAAGUUCCUACAAGAUGAGAUUAGUAGUAAUGUUAAAGUGGUUGCCCUCAAGGGUAUUGGAUCUUUUAUUGAAUUCACUCCUGAUGCAUCUGAAGUGGGUUUGAGGGAAAAAGUGGUAAAUCAAGUAAGAAAUCUUUCUACUGAAGCCGUUGGGAAGGGUUCUGCCAAAAAAGAUCUCAACAGCCAACGCAACACCUUCAGGGAUAUUCUUGAAUUUCGUGAGGACGGUUAUGCCCCUGAAACCUCCGUGAAAAUUGGUGGAGAGUCGUUUACAACUACAACAUGGUCCCAACUUAGUGCUCUUUUGCUCCUAUUGUGUUUGAUGUUGAUGGAACUCUUUAAUGAAAAUGAAUUUCUUCAUGAGGUAUUCGACUUCACACCAAAGAAAGAGAUUCUAUCAAGCACAGAUCGUGUAUCAGGGAUUGAUAAGGUCUCCCAACUCGAUAGUCAACAAGGCAAGGAAUCAGUUUCUGAACAAACAGCGGAUGAUGUCCUAGCUACACCAGGCAUUGAUUGCAUAGGGCUGGUACAAUGGAAUGGAAUCAGUCAUUACAUCCCAUGA